GCCUCAGGAAGCGGAAGUCCCGCCCUUCUCGCUCCUUUCAGAGGGCGAAGCCAACGCGGAGACGGUGGUGACUUGAGUGCGCGGCCGCGACAACUACUGCCACCGCCAUGAGCCUCCUCAACAAGCCCAAGAGUGAGAUGACGCCAGAGGAGCUGCAGAAGCGGGAGGAGGAGGAGUUUAACACCGGGCCGCUGUCCGUGCUCACACAGUCGGUCAAGAACAACACCCAAGUGCUCAUCAACUGCCGCAACAACAAGAAGCUCCUGGGCCGCGUGAAGGCCUUUGACAGGCACUGCAACAUGGUGCUGGAGAACGUGAAGGAGAUGUGGACCGAGGUCCCCAAGAGCGGCAAGGGCAAGAAGAAGUCCAAGCCCGUCAACAAGGACCGCUACAUCUCCAAGAUGUUCCUGCGCGGGGACUCGGUCAUCGUGGUCCUGCGGAACCCGCUCAUCGCCGGCAAGUAGGCGCCCGCCCGCCCUCCUGCUCCCUCCUUCGUGAAGACCUGCCCUUCGUGAUGGGAAUAAUAAAGUCCUGCAUUUUUUCUA